GCCUCCCCAAAAUAACCUGCGACUAGUGCGCUGACAAAUGUUGCUACUUGUACUGGUGACAAGUUACCCUAGCUACUCAGCUCCAUAUUUUCCUGUAAACUCCAAGGUUAACUCUGUGCGAUAAAACCGGGAAGGUUGGUCAGCUGCCUGUGUCCAAGGUUUCCCCAGGUGGCAGCAACCAGAAGACCGGAAUCUCCCUCUCUGAGCACAGGUGCACUCUGGGGAGGAUUUACCAGUCUUUCACAGGGGCCAGCUGGGUUUAUUCUGAAGCAUGCAAGAGAACACAGACCAGACGCCGUCACUGUCUCAGCUCUUAAGAGAGAGCUACCUGGCAGAGGCCAGGGCCCAGCAGCACCACAGCCGCUCAGACGCUUCCUCCUCACGCCUUCAGAUCUAUGGCUCCCUCAAAGGCAAGACCGAGGACUCUGUGGGCCACAAUGAUCCCCAAUUCCCCGACCUCUCAGCCUUCCUCAGCCAAGAGGAGCUGGAUAAGAGUGUGAACCUGGCCCGCCAGGCCAUCGGACAUGAGUCUCGCGAGGAGAGGGCAGAGGUCAAGGCCUCUGUCGCACCAUUAACCCCCGCCAACGUCUCCUCAGCCUCGGUUUCUUCCUCUGAACCCCCAUCUGUUCCCUUGGCUAAAGGAGCAGGAGAGGGGUGUCCUGCUCCUUUCGCCGCCCCCUCCACUGUGUCCUUCACCCAGCCAGCCCCUGAAUUCAAAGAACUGCCAGCAACACACACAACAACAUUCACAUCAGAUAGAAAGAUGCACAAAGCAUCCACACGGCAGGAAAACAUGAUCAGAAACAGCAGGGACUCCAGUGAAGGAUUCAACGACUUUAACAGGUCAGGUAGGAAUGCCCCGUACGGCGUGGAGACCCAGUCCAAGAAGGAAUUCCUCAACAAGGCAGCAGACUUCAUUGAGGAGCUCUCCUCUCUCUUCAAGGCCAACAGCUCCAAACGAGUGCGACCCAGAACAUGCAAAACCCACAGGAGUAGGAACCAGAACAAAAGUCAGAACGAUGGGACGGUUUAUCCCGUCAGCCAAGACAACAGGGAGCGCGUUGCCAUGCAAGUGGAGGAGGAGGAGGAGGAGGAGGAGGAGGAGGAGAGACCCAGCCCUGCUGUCAGCCACCACCCAGAGGUCCAGCUGGACUCGGGGAUGGGGCAUGUGGAGUUUCAGGACUGCAGGAUUACUGAGGAGCAGCACUGUGUUUCGCGGGGGGUGGAGGAGGAGGAGGCUGAAAGCUGUGCCUUGACGGAAACUCCGUACCCAGCGGAUCCGGUGUGCGAGCCUCCUCAUUUUAUCCAGAAACUGAAAAGCCGGGAGGUUCCCGAGGGCAGCAAGGUCCAACUAGACUGCAUUGUACGUGGUCUCCCUGUGCCUGAAGUCAGGUGGUUUUGUGAGGGCAAGGAGCUGGAGAACAGCCCUGACAUUCAGAUCAUCACCAACGGUGAGCGACACUCUCUGAUCAUCGCAGAGGCAUUUGAGGAAGAUACUGGACGCUACUCUUGCUUCGCAUCUAAUUUCUAUGGCACUGACUCCACAUCAGCUGAGAUCUAUGUCGAAGGUGCCUCCUCUUCGGAGUCUGAGGGAGAACAGCACUUUGAACAUGUAGCACAGUUGCAGAGGAAAUCUUUACCUCCAUCAUCAAGCCAGACUCUCUCUGCAGAGGAGGAAGAGUGUCCUUCAUCUCGACCUGCAGCAGCCACUGAGGAGCCACCAGAACAGCUCUCCUCUGCAGCGACUAACCAGAUAAUCCCAGAACCUCCUGCACCAGUGCAGACGUCCGCCACUGUUCUUCCGGUCCCAGAGCUCUCUAAAACGCCUGCAGCACCUACAGCACAGGAGGAGACGACAGUGUCACCUGUGCAGGUGUUUCCUGCUUUGUCGUCUGGUGAUACAGAGCUCUCAGAAGCUCUGGAGGUGUCAACAUCUGUGUCAGUCAUAUCCACAUUAUCACCGGUGCAGACAGCUGCAGCGAUAGCUGCAUCAUUGCCUUUGACUCCUGUGCUGCCUGUCCUGUCAGCUCCAAUACAAACAUCCCAACCUGAGAGUCAAACCUCCAACCACAGCUGUCUACAAGGGUUGAACGGGCAACCUAUCAUGGCUGCCCCUGUGUUCACAAAGAGCCUGCAGGACCUCCUUGCCUCAGAAGGCCAGCUGGUGGUGCUAGAGUGCCGUGUGAAAGGGGUGCCGUCACCUCGGGUGGACUGGUACAGAGAGGGAAAGAUCAUAGAGGACUCUCCUGAUUUCAGGAUCCUGCAGAAAAAGCCCAGAUCUCCUGCUGAAUCAGAGGAAAUAUGCACGCUGGUCAUUGCUGAGGUCUUUCCUGAAGAUUCAGGGAUGUUUACUUGCACAGCGAGCAACAAGUAUGGAACCGUGUCCAGCACCGCUGCACUGAGGGUCAAAGGCAAUGGCAGCAGUAACCAUGUGAGGCCUUUCAACAGUGUAACAGAGCCAAGUCCAAUCCACGAACCUUCCCUAUCAGCUCCAACUGUGAACCCCCAACCAGAGGUUACUGUGACCAACAGCAUCAAGCCCCACUCCAGCACCAUUCGCCUUGACCCGCUCAUCUCCAGCACCUUGCGCCUGGACCCCUUAAACACCAGCACCUUCCGUCUGGACCCCCACAGCUCCAGCAUGCUGCGUCCAGACCCCCUCCGUACCAGUCUACCCAGUCUGGAACCCUCCAGCCUGAGCAACAGCUUGAGCCUCAACUCCCUCAGCACCAGCACCCCAAACUUAGAUCCUUCCUACUUCCCUCCUGUAUCCAGUGGAGCACGUCCAGAACCACAGACCACUGCACAGGUGCUCUUGUACCCAAAAUCCUUCACCUCUCUAUCUGCGUUUGAGCCUUCGGCUGAGCAGGAAGUGUCCAGCCCUUCAGUGACGUCGCCUGACACAAGCCCCAAAAUAAAGGGAGCUUCAAACCAUCAGAAUGGGAGCCCCAUUGUGGUGCCGCUCCCUGACCCCCCUCCGAACUCCUGCCUAAAGACUGGCAACCAUACGAACCACAAAGAUUCACGCUCCGGCUCCAGGGUCGGUCUGCGUGUGCACUUCAAGCUGCCUGAGGACGAGGAGGAUGAACAAAGUGAUGCGACCUAUCAGUCUGAUGAAGACGCACAGAUGUUGGCCAACAAAGAACCUCCACCAGUGCGGGCUAAACCCAAAUUGGACCCGGCCCAGCUCCAGCUCCUGCACAACCAGGUCCUCAUGGAGCAGCAGCAGGAGACCGAACCUCAGACCCAAACCCGCACCCAGCCUCAGUCCCACCCCCCGAUCCAGAUCCAGAUCCAACCCGAGGUCCAAAGCUCCCACGAGGGUCCGCUGUGGUCGCCCAGGUUAAACCGUGAACCCCAUCCGCCACCUUUCCAGCCCUACCUUAACAGCAAGACACCCUCCUCAGCACCUCCACUCACCACCGCCCCCCCUGCUCCCGUUCUGAGCUCUGCUCCGGCACUCAACACCACCUUCUCACCCCGUCUCAACACUUCUACUGCUCCUCCUUUGAGCUCUGCUCCGGCACUAAACACCACCUUCUCACCCCGUCUCAGCACUUCUGCUGCUCCUCCUUUGAGCUCUGCUCCGGCACUAAACACCACCUUCUCACCCCGUCUCAGCACUUCUACUGCUCCUCCUUUGAGCUCCCCUCCUUCACUUCCUCAGCUGAAGACCUCCUCACUGGUGACCUCGCCUCCACCUGCCCCACAGCUGAAAACUCCACUCAGUAUAGCUCAUGUAACCCAGAUGAACACCAUCCAUGCCUCCCACCUCAACCUAACCCCAGCAGCUCUUGCCACAACUGCACCCGCAGCCCACUUCUACUCACCUCCUGCGCCAAAGCUUAGCACAGCCCCCGCAGAUUCGACCCCGUCCUUACAGCAGAUCACAUCUCCCGCUCCUCUUCUGAGAAGCACCCACGCCUCCCUCAUGAACCUCACGGCCACAUCAUACACCUUCAACUACGCCCGGCCUAAAGAGUUUAUAGCUGCUCAGACCUUCUCACCAGUCAGGAGUCCUUCCCCGACAGAAUCCCCCGUCCCUCUGCUCCACGAGCUGGCCGCUGAGCUCAACUCGUCUGCGGCAAGCUCCCCGACCCUCCCACCAUGCUCCCCACCACCCAGGAUCUUCCCCACAAGGGUGCUCAAGUCUGCCAUCAGCCCUCCGUCACUGGUGUCUUCACCCACACCGGGGUCGGCGUCAUUCCUGAACAGCAUGUUUGCCGUACGAGCCCAGUCGCCUCCUCAGGCCUCCUCUCCCACUUCCAGCACCUCCAGCCCCAGCCCCAUUCAAAACCCAGUGGCGUUCCUGAGCUCAGUCCUGCCGUCCCUGACCCCGAGUCAGCCCACCAACUCAAUGGGCCUGCCCAGGGGAGCUCCUUUAGGGCUAAAAAAGAGUGCACCAAAAGCCCGCCUCCCGUCGAUAGAAGACAUUCGAGAGAGCAAAGAAAUUCUACUCCUCGACAUUGAGAAAAAGCUUCGAUUUAAAGAUGACACUCCACAAUUUGCACAUCAACAGAAGCUGAGUAAUGAGGGGAAAACAGCGAGCAGACCCCUUGGACCAAACAUUCCUGCUACUGUCAUUAACUAUGAUGAGGAGUACAAAGUGUCCAAUUUUGAGCAGAGACUAAUGAGCGAGAUUGAAUUCCGUUUGGAGCGAACGCCGGUGGAGGAGUCGGACGAUGAGGUGCAGCACGAUGACGUCCCGACAGGAAAAUGUAUCGCUCCCAUAUUUGACAAGAAGCUGAGGAAUUUCAGAGCCAUGGAAGGCGUGCCUGUCACUUUCUCAUGUAAAAUACUGGGAGUCCCUGUUCCAAAGGUUUACUGGUUCAAGGAUGGCAAGCAGAUUUUGAGGAAGAACGUCCAUUACAAGAAGAUAAGAGAGGGGGAUGGGACCUGUGCAUUACAUAUAGAGUCCACGACCAAUGACGACGAUGGCAACUACACCGUCAUGGCAGCUAAUCCACAGGGGCGAAUCAGCUGCUCGGGUCAUUUGAUAGUCCAAACGGGACCUCCCCGAACCCGAAUGACACCUAUUCACUCUCAGAGGGUGCGAACCCGCAUACAGGAAGUUGAAAGUGAGCAAACCCAGGAGCGUUUCUUCCGGCCUCACUUCCUCCAGGCCCCGGGGGACAUGCUGGCUCAUGAGGGAAGACUGUGUAGACUAGACUGUAAGGUGAGCGGCCUCCCCAACCCGGAGCUGAUGUGGUUGGUCAACGGUAAGCCGAUCUAUCCAGACCUGUUACACAAGAUGUUGGUGCGUGAGAAUGGCGUCCAUUCUCUGAUCAUAGAUCCUCUGACGCAGAACGACGAAGGCACGUACACGUGCAUUGCGAGCAACAAAGCAGGGCAGAGCUCCUUUAGUCUGGAGCUGAAAGUUGUGGAGAAAGAGAUGAAGCACCCUCCCCAGUUCCUGGAGAAGCUGCAGAACAUGGGGAUCCCUGAAGGAUCUCCAGUCAGGCUGGAGUGUCGUGUGGUGGGUAUGCCCCCUCCGGUCAUCUUCUGGAAGAAAGACAAUGACACCAUUGCUCGGAGUAAGGACAGAAUCAGCAUGAGCCAGGAUGCAACAGGAUACGUGUGUCUCCUCAUUCAGCCAACAACAAAGGACGACGCUGGCUGGUACACGGUGUCAGCAAAAAACGAAGCUGGGAUUGUAUCGUGCACCUGCAGGCUCGACAUCUAUGCACAGUGGCAUCAGAGUGUCCCAGCCCCCAUGAAGAAGGCGCCACGCACAGGCAGCCGCUACGCAGCUCUGACAGGCCAGGGGCUCGACAUCAAGUCAGCUUUCCCCACAUCGGAGACCAGCCCCAUCCUCUUCUCCAGCUCCCCUCCCGAGGUCAUGCUGGAGAGUGAGGAGCUGUGAGCGGUGACCCUCAGAGGCCUCCCAGAAAUGUUCUAUGACCCUCCCGAGGGUCAAAACAGUAGAGGGCUUGAAGGAGAACAAUGAUCUGAGCAGAUCGUUGUUUAUUUUGUGUGAUGCAUUUGAAGUGAUACAUUCAUACUAGAAUGGCAAAGAAUUAUUGUGUUAAAGCUAUCUGCACUGAUAGUGGGUUUGUCACCAUUCCUAUUUACCCAAGUCAUAUGAAGAGUGGUUCACAUACUGAAGAAACUAUAGAUUUGCAAAGUCUUAUCUCAUGAGCCAUCAGUGGAGUUGAGUAAUGUUCAGAUUUGAAUGACACGCGUUUGUUUUCUACAUCAAAAUUAGCUGCCAUAGUGAGGUUGUUGCUUAAUAUUGGGGAUAACAUCUGUUCUUAACUGGUAAUCCUCAAAGCCACUUAUUUUUACUGCAAUUCAUAUACUGUAUACCUGUACUGGUAGUAAACAUUUCUUUAAAGGUUUCUAUAAAAAUAAUUAAGUUAUUGUUUAUGAAUAGUUGAAAAUAGUUCAUAGUGUAUUCAAUUAAUAGACAUUUGAAUGUGCCAUUUAGAUCAGUUCACUUAAAUGGCUCCAGCAAGGCGGGGUCCCAUCUACGAAGUUUUUCUUGACGUUCAUCACUGGUUCACAUUUUUGCACCAUGUUUUUUUCAUGUGCAUGCAUGCCAAUGGCUGAAGAAGAUAAGAUUCAUCAUGGUUGGUAGCUGAAACCCUUUUUUUGAAUUUCCCUUCAUUCAUCUUUGUAUCGAUGAAGAUUUAUCUCAGUUGCAUCUACACUCUGAGAUUGAUCAAAGGAAGGAGUUGGAUUAGACGAAAAGCUGUCGGGAAAGUUUUUUUUUUUUUUUCUGUUUUAUGGUCAAAUGUAUCCUACAGAGGUUAUAACUGAACUUCGAUUCAGAUUAAUUCAAGUCAGUUUGAAAACAUAUUGAAAUAAGAUUUGAAAACAUACUCAACUGAUGUAAAGUUGCACAUUGUAAAAUAAUUGUGUCCUUCUCAGAAUAAAGUUAUAUUUAUUCAAACAAG